GUGGGGGAGUCCUUGUGAUGCCCAGUCCCGCACAUGCACCGCCACCGGGCGGUGUUUUAGUGAUGCCACCUGUCCAGCAACCCCCACCGCCGCCACCCUCCUUCACCCCCGCGGCAGUGGCUCCGGUUCCAAUUGUCGUCGCACCAUCAUACACACCAGCGGAGACGUACAGGCCACCCAUGUACUCCUACGGAGCUGCCGGCUCCUCCUACACUCCGGCCGAGUAUGCCCCUCCGGCGUAUGGAGUGUCCUAUUCCUACGGCUACGAAAGCGGCUACGACGUCUGGGUGACCGCUGGUCCGGGCAACUUCUACUCUCCGGAGGCCGUCAUCGGAGGCCACGACAGCAACAUGGAGCAGCUGCUCGUCUGCCGCGCCUACUAUGCAGGUGUUCACGUCCCGGGCAAGGCGGUUGCCAGCCAGGGAUGUGCGUACAUCGCUCACGGCGGACGCGAGAUCUUGGAGCCCACGUACCAGGUGCUGCUGGGGCAGGGAAAGUACCACUGGGUGCGCGCCUACGAGGGCAGCAUUGCUCCCGGCGCUGUGAUGGCGGGAAGGUCACCCGGAGGCGAGCCCCUGUACGUUGGACGCGCCAACUACUGUGGCAGUCUGACGCCCGGUGUGCUCCAACAGUCCAAUCGCUGCCUCCAGAUCCCGUUUGGCGGCAGGGAGAUCCGCAUCAGCAGCUACGAGAUCCUGGUCCGCAGUGACCUCUACCACAGCUAGCAGGCCAUGCGCCUGGUCUACUGAGCAUCGAUAUUGAUCCAAAAACGGAAACUACCGAAACGAAUCGAGAGCAGCUACCUCAUCUACGAAAGGAUCUACCACAUUUACUUACUAUAUACUAUGUCUCCUUUAUUUAUUAUCUAUUAUGUCCUUUCACUAAUUAUAUUUAUUCACCCUUUGAGUUAAU